UUGGAUUGGGCCUAAUGUUCUCUCUCUCAUGAGAUUCAUAAGCCAAAAGCCCAACGCGUGUAGAGCUUUGUUACGGCUUUUAAGCAUCGCUUUGACCCCUAACUUCGCAUUCGUCUGCUUGCCUUUCGUGGCUGUUACUCGUUAGGGUUUUCGAUUAAAACCAGAAACGGUGCAUUAGGCGCGUCUCGUUGAUUGUUCGAGCUAAAGAUGAGGCCGAUUUUCGUUGGCAAUUUUGAGUAUGAGACUCGCCAGUCUGAUCUGGAGCGACUGUUUUCUAAACACGGGAGAGUCGAUCGUGUUGACAUGAAAUCUGGUACUGAUGCGAACUUUCUUUUGUUUGGUUAUCGUCUCUUGAUGAACAUUCCUCUUUUCCCGUUGUUAUUUCAAUUUCAGUUAUCUUAUGGUUGGUAAUUUGAUUGAUCUAUUCUCUCAACUGUUUACUGGGCACCAGCGCUCAUUGUUCAAAGGAAUGCCUCAGUUAAGGCAUCAGUGUUUUUCUGAACAUGAAAUGGUGCAUUGUAAUUUUUAAGUCGUGCAUUUGUGAUUUUAUAGUCUGUGCAGGGAAUAGUUAUACGUGAUUUGUGCAGUAGGUUUUAUUUUUAUCUACCUAGCAACACAUAUGUGUUCCUUACUUUCUCUUGGAUGUAUAUUGUUUUACUGCUUGUUGUAUUAGACAGAAUCAAAUAAUCCUACAUGUGCUUGACCUCUCACAGGACAUCAACUUUUAAACAAAGCAGUAUGACUCUAUAUGGUUAGAUCAUAUCUUAUGCACCACACUCUAUAUGUUUAGAUCACAUGUGUGCAGAAGAUUGGAAGUAUUAGCUAUGGCUGGCAAUUAUUGCAGCAUAUUCUUAAAAGUGCAACCUUUAAUGGGAGAGAGAUCGUAAUGGGACAAUUUUUUCUGGAAAAUUUGUCAGCCAUAUUUAAGUGUUUGCUUUGACGCAGGAACAUGUCUUAAGGGAAAAUGAGCUUCUAUCUUUGGCUCAACACCUGUGUCUGCAAUAAUAAACAUUCUAAAGCAACGGAAACAUAUGUGUGCUAGCCUGCGCUCUCUUCUUCCACUGCUCUCUCUUCUUCCACUCAUGGAUGGAAGUGUGUGCACGUCUACAUUUCUUUAUACCACCUUCAGUUCAUUGACCACCCACUCACUUUACUACUACCCAUGUUGCCAUUUAACAAGAAUGGUCGCGUUGCAAUACUGUCAGUUCAUCAUGCCAUGCCUACUACCAUCAAUCACUACUAAGUUUAACGAGGAUCAAUCAAAGAAUUAUAUCAUGCCAUGCCUUCUACUUGUUAGUCUGAUCUCCCGCUGUGAAAUUGGUGAAGAAUUCUUAGGGAUGAGUACUCAGAACUCACAAUUGUGGAUAUAAACCCUUUUAUAAGCAACCAAAUCAUCAUUUACUUCUUGCAAUGCCUCUACGUCCUCUUGCUUUCUUCAGUCCUUCACAUGCCUGCAGGGUUUGCGUUUGUCUACUUUGAAGAUGAGCGUGAUGCUGCUGAUGCUAUUCGUCAUUUGGAUAAUGUUCCGUUUGGGUAUGACAAGCGCAGGCUUUCUGUAGAAUGGGCAAGGGGUGAACGUGGGAGUAGACAUCGUGAAGGGACGAAGUCUGUGGCAAACCAGAGGCCCACUAAAACACUGUUUGUGAUCAAUUUUGAUCCUCAUCGGACUAGAGUUCGUGACAUAGAGAGGCACUUUGAGCCGUAUGGGAAAAUCCACCAUGUCCGUAUUCGAAGGAAUUUUGCAUUUGUCCAGUUCGAAACUCUGGAAGAGGCAACCAAAGCUUUGGAGUGCACUCAUAUGAGUAAGAUACUUGACAGGGUGGUGUCUGUAGAGUAUGCCCUUAGAGAUGAUGAUGAGAGAGGUGACAGGCUUGAUAGCCCUCCUAGAAGAGACAAUGUAAGGCGUGGGGGUGGGGACAGCCCUCCGUAUAGAAGAUCACCGAGCCCGAUUUAUCGCAGAAACAGGCCCAGUCCUGAUUACGGACGCGCACGUAGCCCUGUCUAUGAUCGGUACAAUGGACCCACGUAUGACCGAGUCAGGAGCCCGGAAUAUGCAAGGCACCGUAGGUAGUUUGUCCUGAAGGUACAAGAAUGCGUGAAGAUUGGUACUAAUGGAUAGUAUGAAACUAUGAACUUAUGAUGUAAAUGCAUGUGGGUUGUGAAGCUCCAUUUGUGUCAUACUUUGACUAAAAGAUAGAUCUAUCUUAUCUUAUUUAUUGUUGAUUUAGGCCAUGCACUAUUUUGGUUGAUAGUGGUUUUAUACUAUAACCCAACCAAUAGAAAUGUUUCUUUUUUAAUCGGUGCUUUUUAACUUGGCUAGAUGUUGGAACCGGCUUCUUACCAAGUUCCCUCCAUGAUGGUUCUUACCAAGUUCCCUCCAUGAUGGUUCUUACUAAGUUCCCUCCAUGAUGGUUCUUACUAAGUUCCCUCCAUGAUGGUUCUUACUAAGUUCCCUCCAUGAUGGUUCUAACUAAGUUCCCUCGGGAUAGGCAUGGACUCGAGCCGGGCCUCGGGUCGGGCCUGAUCGGACUUUUUUUUUUGGAUUCUCAAGUCCUGAAGGCUGAAACCGGCCUGGGUAGCUACUGGGUCCGGGUUGGGCUGGUUACCUAAUUUUUUGUUUGAUUUUCUAAUUACUUCCUCCCCACCCCACACUUCAAACCCGUCCAAAACACUCAGCCCGACCCAUUUACCUUUUUCAAAUUUUGAAAAAAAAAAGGCCUGAAAUAGGCCCGAACUGGUUGAGCCGGUUCAUUUUUUGAGACUCGGAGCCCGCCCCAAAACAGUACUGGGCCGGGUGGCUUGAACUGGGCACAAACUCGGGUAUCGGGCCCAGCCAGGCCGGAACAAUAUCAUGUCAGGCCGAUUACGGGCCGGUUGACUCGGGCUGAG